UUCUCCCCUUCGUUUGAUGAGUAUUCGCCAGCAGGUGGCGCAAAGUGUUACAUCUAAGCCGCCAUCAGUGCGAGGUAUUAUCGCUUAUUCGCAUCCUUCUCUCAUGUGCAGCAUUUGUUUUUCACGCUGUGAGUUGUAACUUUGAAUUGCCAAGAUGUCCCCCAUUGACAGUCAGCUUCCUAUGCCGACUGGUCCGUCACAAGGGGGAGGUACUGGAGGUGGAAGUAUUGCACUUAACACUCUUAUUGACUAUAUUAUUCAAAGAACUUAUGCAGAAAUGUCUGUACUGUCAGAAUUGCUUCCACGAAAAUCAGAUAUGGAACGAAAAAUAGAGAUUGUCCAGUUUUCACAGAGAACACGCCAGUUAUUUGUUCGCCUCUUGGCCUUGGUGAAGUGGGCUAAUAGCGCUAGUAAAGUGGAUAAAUGCGGGGAAAUAUGCAACUUUUUGGAACAGCAAUCAUUAUUGUUUGUAGAAACAGCUGAUGCUAUGGCCAGAAUGGCAAGAGAAACUUUAGUUAAUGCUCGUCUUCCAAACUUUCCGUUGCCUUAUGCUGUUGAUGUCUUAACAACUGGGACAUACCCCAGAUUACCAACCUGCAUUCGAGACAAAAUUGUUCCUGUUGAUCCAAUAACAGUGACAGAGAAACGCCUCACUUUACAAAGAUUGAGUCAAGUUAUAGAGUAUCGGUUAGUGUGCAGUGAGCUUCCUCCACAAAUGAGACGUCUAAAAAUAGAAAAUGGUCGAGUAAAGUUUCUUGUGGAACAUGAAUUUGAGGUGACACUAACUCUGAUGGGAGACAGUCCUACUAUACCAUGGCGAUUACUAGACAUUGCUAUUUUGGUAGAAGAUCAUCAAACUGGUGAUGGAAAAAGCUUGGUCCACUCUCUGCAGGUAAACUACAUCCAUAGACUAGUGCAGUCUCGUCUUCUGGAUAAUGAGAAACCUCUACAUGAUCUCUACAGAAUGCUACAUUCCUUCUGUUUGUCUUUACAACUGGAAGUAUUGCACUCACAGAUUCAACGUCUUGUUAGAGAACGGCUUGGUGAUAGUGUUCGAGUAGAGGACUAUACUCCUGGGAAAUGUUUGGUUGUAUCUUACUGGAGAGAUCAAAUUAAAAAAGAAAAAGAUAGCAGUGUUUAUAAACUAAGUGUUCAUGUAUCAGAAGAAGAUGAAGGCAAACCGUUACAGAUAAGUCACAUUCCACUCAUGACUGUUGAGGAAGCUCGAAAAGUAGGAUUAUCCAUAAGGAGUGAACAUCUCUCCAUUGAGAAACUCAUCAUUCAAACAAUUGAAGUCCGUACUCAUGCUAAACUUAAGGAGUUUGCUAAAGAUCUUCAAAAGUAUGUUGAUGGUCCCUGUGAAAUCAAAGACGUUCCAGCUGUUCUCCAUGUACCAGUCUUAAAUCCAUUCACUUCUGCUGAAGUUUUGCGUGUUGCUAUUGAUAUUCAGCGAGGAACGUUCUUAACAUCUGUACCUUGCUCAAAUCAUCCUGUCAUUCAAGAAAUUGAAGAAAACCUUAAUGGGGAAAGAAGACACCUUGAUAAACAAAUUGCCAAACUGAGAUCAGAAUUAGCUUUACUGCGGUGUGAAAAGUCUGUCCAACAGCUCCCUGCCAGCAGCCAUCGCCAGUUGCCCUUUAUAAACUUUGCUGGCCAUGCCCUAGAGUCACUCUCGAAACACAAGUUGUAUGUUCGAGUUCCCAAGCAGACUUCAUAUGCUGUGGUUGUCGAAGUGGAGGAUGUUCCUCCAAAAUCAUUUGUCUACAAAUACUACCUUCUAGAGAUGGCUACUGCCAGUACUGAAAAUACUGACAACACUUUAGUUGAAGAUAAUGGAGCUGUGAAGCCAUUCCUGAAAGCCAAACAUCUUACACCUAUUAACAUAUUUUCAUUGACUCAUGGUCCAUAUGCUACUGUUUUUUCUGAAGGCGAUGAAUUGGAAUUGGACAGUCUAUCAAGGAAGCGAAAGUUGCUGUUGGGUGAUCUAGAGGGACCACCAGCUAAGAUGAGGAAAGAAUCUCCUUAUUUUGUCGCCCCAUUAGCAUUCUUGUUGGCUCAUUGUGAGGAAAAGCUACCGUUUGUUUCUUUAACUGAAGAGCUAACAAGAAGAAAUAUUCCACAUCAAGGUAUCCAAGUAGAUGGUGAAGGUAGCUGUAUGACCCUCACAAUAAUGGAUUUACCAAAUUGUAAAGGUUGUACACCGGAAACCAUGGAUGAAUUAAGAAAGAAUUUAUUAUCUAGCAAAUUCAGGAUUCAAGUUCGUCCAACAAGGAACUGGAUUGUUGAGUUUGUUUUCACCAACUGUCCAAUCAAAACUACUAGUCCAAAAGAACAAGGUCCCAUACAGCGAGUUUAUUUCUCCUUUGAUCUCAGCACUGACCAAGCCAGUAAAACUGUUCAAGACCUUCUUGAUGAGUGGACCUUGGUAGCUAACCUGUAUCAGGCAGUUUAUAAUUUUUCACAUUUUUUUAAUGAUAGCAGGACAGGUUUACAGAAACUGAUUGAAGUACGGUCUUAUAACUACAGAAAACUGACCAUUGUUUAUGGAGUUACUCAGACAAGUCUUGUAAACAUAACUUGGCGAAUAGACACUAAGUCUUUCCACCUCACUCUAGGAACAUGUGGUCAAAAUGCAUCCACUAUCAACCCCCAUGUUUUAGUAAUCACCCAGCUUCAAGAGGAGCUUAAUUGUGCUAAUAGUACAGAUGCAGUUGCUAAUUUGGUUCAAUUACUGAAUGAUACAUGGAGUCCUUUAACAUCAAUAAAUAAAUUAAGCACCUCUCCAUUAUUGGGUGGUUCAACUCAUCCAAAGCAAUCUAUGCUUAGCUUCACUAUUAUUCCACAGUCAACAACACAUGUUAGAAUUGCCUUUCGCAAUGUAAGUUGUGUUGAUGUACAUUUCCGAAGUGGUAAAAUGGUAGCCGUCAGAGAUGGUGCUAUCAGUUUGUUCGAUACCAGCAAAGUGAUUGAUGGCUUCACACCUACGCCCGGUCUCAAAGCUUUCUUAAACAUGUUUGUUGAUGAAACGGUGACUGGGAGCCAUCCUCGGCGGCGUUCCACCACUGAAGAAGACCAUCCUCUGUCUCCUAUUGGAAUGGAUUCAGUUGAAAUCUUUCUCCCUCAGAACCCCUCAGUUGGUUCUCCAGCCUCCCGGCCUCGGCAAGAUGGUAACUUACGCUUUCAAAACCCCAUGACCCCACCAUCCAACCCUCACACUCCAGCUUCACCUAGUACAUCACGAAUAUCAUCUGGCUAUGCCUCUUCUCCUGCAGCUGCCUUUUCUCUUUCAUCUCCUCCAUCCUUGACUCCACAAGUAUCUCAAAGUCCCUCAGCAGCCCUAAUCAGCACACCAUCACCUAGUACAUUAUUAGGUCAAGGUGGUUCUCCUGGUAAUCCACAGUUACAUGUCCCUUCUCCAGGAUCAUUUGUACCAACUCCCUCUCCACAGUCACUUGGUAUCCAUCUAUCAUCACCUGCAGGUCCUUUCAUUGCACAUCAAGGAAUGGUAGAUGGUGGCUCUCCUUUUACUAUGCCGUCACCUGGUACACGGAACUGGCCUGGCUCUCCAUCAGUUCAGGGACCUUCACCUGUAUCACGGCAUGGCACAGCAACCUCUCCUGGCCAUCCAGCAUUACAUUCACCUCAAACUCAAGUUAAAGAUUCAGAACAUUCAAAAUCUUCAGUUGUGAGCCCUGCUCCCAGAAUGUUACCACAGAGAUCAUGGGCUGCUUCCAUUCCAACUAUAUUAUCUCAUGAAGCAUUCAGUAAAUUGCUGACACCAUGCCCAUUGCCAGGAAUGAAUUUCCUACCAGCAUCUCCACUAGAACGAUUUUUGGGUUGUGUCUAUUUCCGGAGACAUCUACCUCGAGUAAUACAAGGAGAAAAUUCAUUACAGUCUAUUCAAUCCAAUGAACCUGGAGUUAGUGCAUUUAAAGUUGAUAGUUUGCAAUUUAGAGUGAGUCUUAAUCCAACCACCUUGCAGUCUCUUCAUAUCAAAGUGACUCCAACUCUGGAUUUUCAAGACCAGUGGACUAAUGAAGAAAUUCAGAUAUUGGAAAAAUUCUUUGACUUAAAGGUGGCCAGUCCUCCUUACAAAGUGAAUGCUCUGACAGCUUUCUGCAGACUUCUUGGUGCACCGGCACAUAUACUUAGAGACUGUUUGCAAAUCAUGAGACUAGAGUUGAUGCCUGAUCGAAACCUCAAGUGGUCUGUGCAGUGGUGCUUAACCAUACCUCCUGGGGCUCAUCCAAUCAGUGCACCAGCUGGCACUCCAGCUGUUGUGGUAAAGAGCAAAAUGAUAAUCAUGCUUAUGUUGACCCGGAUUGGCCUAAUGUUGUCUUCAAACACCGAUCCUCAGUCUGUUAUUGUUCCUCUGCUCUAUGACAUCGGUACUAAUACAAUACAACUUGUUGAAGCUCGGCCACCUGCCCCUCACACUCAGACUCCUGCACAAAUGGCUAUUGUUUCAAUGUUAAGACGAUUUGCUGAACUUCAUCAAAAUCAUACCGAAUGUGCCAUAUUCCCAUCAGUGCGAGAACUUAUGACUAAUUUAGUCAUUCCUAUACAGUAGUAAUGCUGAUAGAAACUCCUGUACAAAUGUUUACAAAACACCUCCUUAAGCUGAUUUCCUGUCUCUAAACUAUCCUUGCAACUCAGUCUCCACUUUAUUAUUCUUUGCAAUAACUAAGUGUAGGCAGGUUACAAUUUUUAAAAUUUAUUUUUAUCCUUCAUGUUUUGAGAUCUGAUUUUCCAUAUUAGCACCAAUUGGAUAGUUCUGCAAGCAUGAAUUGUGAGAGCAAAUAUUUUCCAGACAGAUGCUAUUUUCUAUAGAAAUCACUUCAUUAUGUUGGAACAGCUUGAUGCUCUAACAAAAACCAUUUAACUAUAAAAGGAGAAUAGUAACAAAUUUUAUUUAAAUUGUCUGUGACGCAAUGACAACGGUUUGCGUUUGUGCCCCAGUUAUCAACAAGGUAGCCUCCUGUGGUCAUUCAGAAGUUCAUUUUGGACAACAUAGUGUUAGAUAUUAAGAAAAAAAAAAGAUGAUUACAACUGGAACACCUUUGAUUGUGUUUAUUCAGUCAGGUCUUACCUAGGGCUAAACAAAAGCACAAAAAACAUAAUUUCAUGUUUUAAACUUAUAACAACACAUCCUAAAAAUAUUAAGCAUAAAAUGAAAAAAACUUCAUUUUUUAAUAGGAAACAUUGUACAUUUAUCUCAAUAUUUACUGAAGUUAAAUUUCAUAAAUAACCUCAUAUCCUUGUUUUGAAUGAUCAUGGUGUGUUUAUAAUCUUUGUCAACAUUCAUUUGAUUGGUCAGAAAAUAAUGAUGCAUUUGUUCAUUUUAUUUAAAAAAAAAAAAGGUUGACAUAGAACCAUGGGAACCUAAUGCAUGUAUACAUUACUUCCAACAAGCAAGAAUACCUUUAUUCUAUCACAAUAGAAUUAUGAAAUCCUAAAUUUAGUUAUUUCUUAAUAAAAUAAAAUAAAUUCUUCACUGUGGAUUGGUAGAGUUGUUUUGGUGUCAUACAAAAAUUAUCAUGUACCUAAAUUCAUGUGGUACUUAGGGACAGCCUUUUGUGUUCUGAGGUCAACUUUGCCUUUCUUCCAGAAUUGGUACAGUGAAAUAUUCCUGUAAAGUCUAUUAGAUGUGUGUUUGUAAUAAAAAGGCAAGGCCAGUAUCCUUCUAAAAUAUG